ACGGUCACCUUGGCCCUGUUACCCUGGACCCCCGAGACGUGGAGAUGACCCCUUCGACCUCCACCCUGGGGCCGGAAGGCCUCAGCCCGGGGCCGCAGGACGCGGAGGCCGAGGAGGCUCGUUCCGGAAGGCCCUGGGACUCCACUCAGGUGAUCUGUAAGGACUGGAGCAACCUGGUGGGGAAAAGCUACAUCAUCCUGAACAUGACGGACAACGUAGACUGUGAGGCGUUCAGGCAGCUCCGGGGACCCCAGCUUCUGGCCCUGGUGGAGGAGGUCCUGCCCCGCCACGGCAGCGGCCCCCGGGGGCCCUGGCACAUUUCGCUGAGCAAGCCCAGCGACAAGGAACAGCACCUGCUCAUGGCGCUGGUGGGCGAGCAGGGCCUGCUGCCCACUCAGGACGUGCUGUCCAUGCUCGGGGACAUUCGCAGGAACCUGGCGGAGGUAAGGGACCGCCGGGGGGCCCGGGCCUGCGAGCUGGCCUCACGCUCCUCGUCCUCCCCGGGGCCUCAAAGCCCCCCGGGCAAAUGGAGGCCGCCCGUGGGCUCUGGGGUCAAACGAGCAAAGGACAAGAGUCGCGCUCCGGGCGGGCUGUUGGUUUCUUGGAGGCCACCAGCUGUGGGGACACACACACACGGUGACCAGGGGCGAAGGGGGCCAGGGAUUCAGGGCGGGAGUCAGGGAGGCUCAGAAAGGAGGCCGUAAUGGGUGAGGUUGGAGGUUUUGUGGAGGACGCAGCAGAGCCUGGUGGGGCAAGGCACCCGGAUGGGGGAGCCUUGACCUAUUUUUAUUUUAUUUAUUUAUUUUUUG